AUGUCUCCGCCAUGGGCCAAGCGCCACUUCGACUUUGCCGCUCUAAUAGGAAGCGAUCUAACAGACCUGAAGCAUCAAGAGAGAGGUCUUCUGACGUUUGAGAACUCAAAAGCCGUGGCUAUCCUUCUCGAUGUCGAGCUGUAUCUUCAUCAAAUCAAGGCUCUUUUUGAUAAAGCCGAGGACGAGACCCUAGGAUGGUACCAUGAAGAACGUGCAUUGGUGAGUACCCUAUACAAGGAAGAAUUGCUGGGUCACCUCAAACAUACGAGCGAUCUUUUGGCCAAGGCAAAGCAGGCCCUUUUGCAGGCUCAGACCGCUGUGUCUAUAUCGGCUCAGUAUCACGAAUUACGAUUUGACAGCAUUAAGGAGAUAAAGCGAGAGAUUGGGACCUGUGACGACAUCUACAACUCUUUGCGAGAUGUGAAACUCUCGGAACUUCCAAACGACUUGAGCAUGGAGAAGGUGGUGUCCAAGGUGAAGCUCACUGGGUCAGACAACAGCAUAGAUACGCCGAUCAUGGCGUUCUCAACCGAGGAAAGAGAGUUUUUCGAAAACUUUGAGCGCUUUGAAAGUAGACUUAAGCCCAUCAGCAUAUCGAUCAAAUUUCUCGAGCAUCGAAUCGGCGAGUUCAAACAGCAUUGUGGCAUUAUUUUCCCAUCAGCCAUCGCUGACGUGAACCAGGACUUCCAUUCUCUUAGAAAAUCCUGGAGAAAAGUCGUAUCCGAUUUCAGUGAACUACGAAGUUCUGCAAUCGUUCUGCGCUGGCGUCACUUGUGCAUGUUCCUCAUUGAUCUGAUGGUAACCAAGCUAGAUGAAAUGGCCGAGAAGCUUAAGAAGAGCCAGGAAAUGGGUGUCUCAGAAGUGAGUGACGAGCUAGGUAUCUCAUUCAAAAUGUGUUCGAACGCCAACAUGCUUCUACAUAAAGCCAUGGUGGACUAUGUCGGUGAUGAUAAGGGCAUACGAGAUAGGUUUAGAUUAGAAAUUCGCCCAAAAUGGACUGAAGUGAACGAACUUCUAAGUGGCUCCAUAAGCAUCGGCAAAUCACCUGGUACUCCCAGGGGGUCCACUCCCGAGCUCGGUGAGGAUGGCCUCAAGCCUGUCAAAAUGAUUCAAAAACGGACACCGCUGGCGUUGUCCGAGACCAAGAGAUUGUCGUCUACUAAUUCGCCUAAUAAUGGAGGCUUUGAUCUUCGACUUGACGUCAAUCCCUCUCCUAAUGUACCUAUCAGUGCUCAAAAGACAGAUCGGUUUGUGGAUUUGGACAUAGAGCCUGGCCAGCUUCGAAGCUCGAGGCUACAGAUGGCUCUUCUUGGACUCCAGCUGUCUCCCAAGGAUGAAGAGGUGAAGCUAUCGCAAGAUGAUAGCACGGAAACUCUCGUCCACCCAAAGACCCCAGAAACACAUCCCAAAGAAGCGGUGUCUAAUUACACUAGAAUCCUCCAACAAUUCAGUCAGAAUUUCGAUCCGCAGCCCUCUAAGAUACCUAUUAUUGUUGAGAACUAUAUACAAAUGAGGUUUCCGGUGAUCAAAAAGAUACCGGCGAAGGGAUCACGCAUACCCAGCAUUAGUCCAUCGCAUCCAGUUUUCAUAUCACCGGACAGGCGACCUGAAUCGAAGCAGCUCCCCAUUCAUUUAGCAAAUCCAUUGCUCAAGACGCCACAUAUGUCGCCUACAAUGUUGAGGAGUCCGCCGCUGUUCACUUUGCCUAAGAAACGUAUGAGUGGAAGAAGAGCAUCCUCAACAAGUUCCCUGUUUGCAGGGGAAAUGACGCCACAAGAGCGGUCUCGGGCGUCGCUGCUCACAAUGAGAGCUGACAAACUCUCUUUGGCGGGACAGACCACGCCAAAUUUGGCAUAUGAGACCGGUAGCAUAGAUGAUUUUACGUUCAACAUCGCCUGA